AUGCUCAGCCGGAGCUGGCCCUGCGCGUGACGCAGCGGAGCUCGGAGGCAGGGGGCGUAGGGGCCGGGCUGUCCGGCGCUUUAUCUUCUCUGCCGCUCAGCAGGCGACGUUGCGGGCCCUGGGCUCCAGGAGAGCUUCCUUUAGCCGACCUUCCUGCUGGCUGCUCUGUGACCGCUUCGCGGCUCUGCUCACUUGGCCGAAGUGCCUGCUGCCGGGCGCGGGCCUCAGACAAUACAAUGGUGGGUGAAGAGAAAAUGUCUCUAAGAAACCGGCUGUCAAAGUCCAGGGAAAAUCCUGAGGAAGAUGAAGACCAGAGAAACCCUGCAAAGGAGUCCCUAGAGACACCUAGUAAUGGUCGAAUUGACAUAAAACAGUUGAUAGCAAAGAAGAUAAAGUUGACAGCAGAGGCAGAGGAAUUGAAGCCAUUUUUUAUGAAGGAAGUUGGCAGUCACUUUGAUGAUUUUGUGACCAACCUCAUUGAAAAAUCAGCAUCAUUAGAUAAUGGUGGAUGUGCUCUCACAACCUUUUCUGUUCUUGAAGGAGGGAAAAACAACCAUAGAGUGAAGGAUUUGAGAGCACCUCCAGAACAAGGAAAGAUUUUUAUUGCAAGGCGCUCUCUCUUAGAUGAGCUGCUUGAAGUGGACCACAUCAGAACAAUAUAUCACAUGUUUAUCGCCCUCCUCAUUCUCUUUAUCCUCAGCACACUUGUAGUAGAUUACAUUGAUGAAGGAAGGCUGGUGCUUGAGUUCAGCCUCCUGUCUUAUGCUUUUGGCAAAUUUCCUACCGUUGUUUGGACCUGGUGGAUCAUGUUCCUGUCUACAUUUUCAGUUCCCUAUUUUCUGUUUCAACAUUGGGCCACUGGCUAUAGCAAGAGUUCUCAUCCACUGAUCCGUUCUCUCUUCCAUGGCUUUCUUUUCAUGAUCUUCCAGAUUGGAGUUCUAGGUUUUGGACCAACAUAUGUUGUGUUAGCAUAUACACUGCCACCAGCUUCCCGGUUCAUCAUUAUAUUUGAGCAGAUUCGUUUUGUAAUGAAGGCCCACUCAUUUGUCAGAGAGAACGUGCCUCGGGUACUAAAUUCAGCUAAGGAGAAAUCAAGCACUGUUCCAAUACCUACAGUCAACCAGUAUUUGUACUUCUUAUUUGCUCCUACCCUUAUCUACCGUGACAGCUAUCCCAGGAAUCCCACUGUAAGAUGGGGUUAUGUCGCUAUGAAGUUUGCACAGGUCUUUGGUUGCUUUUUCUAUGUGUACUACAUCUUUGAAAGGCUUUGUGCCCCCUUGUUUCGGAAUAUCAAACAGGAGCCCUUCAGCGCUCGUGUUCUGGUCCUGUGUGUAUUUAACUCCAUCUUGCCAGGUGUGCUGAUUCUCUUCCUUACUUUUUUUGCCUUUUUGCACUGCUGGCUCAAUGCCUUUGCUGAGAUGUUACGCUUUGGCGACAGGAUGUUCUAUAAGGAUUGGUGGAACUCCACGUCAUACUCUAACUAUUAUAGAACCUGGAAUGUGGUGGUCCAUGACUGGCUAUAUUACUAUGCUUACAAGGACUUUCUGUGGUUUUUCUCCAAGAGAUUCAAAUCUGCUGCCAUGUUAGCUGUCUUUGCUGUAUCUGCUGUAGUACAUGAAUAUGCCUUGGCUGUUUGCUUGAGCUUUUUCUAUCCCGUGCUCUUCGUGCUCUUCAUGUUCUUUGGAAUGGCUUUCAACUUCAUUGUCAAUGAUAGUCGGAAAAAGCCAAUUUGGAAUGUUCUGAUGUGGACUUCUCUUUUCUUGGGCAAUGGAGUCUUACUCUGCUUUUAUUCUCAAGAGUGGUAUGCACGUCAGCACUGUCCUCUGAAAAAUCCCACAUUUUUGGAUUAUGUCCGGCCACGUUCCUGGACUUGUCGUUACGUGUUUUAGAAGCUUGGACUUUGUUUCCUCCUUGUCACUGAAGAUUGGGUAUCUCCCUGAUUUGGAGCCAGCUGUUUCCAGUUGCUACUGAAGUUGUCUGUGUUAUUUGGACCACUCCAGGCUUUACAGAUGACUCAGUCCAUUCCUAGGUCACUUGAAGCAAAGCUGUUGGAAGUUCACUGGAGUCUUGUACACUUAAGCAGAGCAGAACUUUUUUUGGGGGGCUGGGUGGGGGGAGAAGGCCGACUAAUAGCUGAAGUAAUGACAGAUUGUUGCUGGGUCAUAUCAGCUUUAUCCCUUAGUAAUUGUAUC